AUAUCGAUUACAAUUUAAUUCCGAGCUAAGUUGUUGAAUUGCAAGGUUUUUUUUUAGUUGGCACGCGAAGCAAAGUAAACAAAGGACAAACGGGAAUUGAUAGCGACAAAAAUGGCGCUAGCCAUCAUCAAUAAACAGCCGUCUUUCAUUGAGACGAUACUCGGCGUGCCGUCGCCGCUGAAAAAACUGCGCUUGCAAGCGCCGGCAGCGCCAGCGGCGAGCAAAGCGAAACCAAAAGUCGAAAGAAAACUGCAUGUGCUGGGACUGCUCGAUCCCUAUCUGCCCGCCAGCAACACCAUUGGCGGCAGCAGCAGCAGCAGCAGCUGCACCAGCCACAGCAGCAUUGCAGCCGUUGCCGGCACAAGCGCCAGUCAAACAGCACCAGCUGCAAGCAGCAGUGGACAGGCAAAGGAGCUGCUCGAGGUCCUGGUGAAGAUCACCGAUGAGAUAACGUACGAGAAUGUCCAGAUAGCGGAGCUCAAGGAGUCAGCCGGCAAACUGUUUCAGCUAUAUCAGUUGCAGGAUCGCGACAGCGACACCUCGCUGCGCGUCAAGCUGCUGGAGCUGCUCUCGGGCCUCGGCUGCGAAUGCAGCACCGAAGAGUCUGUCGUGCUGAUUAUCGACUACUUCAUCUAUCUGCUGCGCAAGGAGACCUCGCAGAAGGUGCUCGCCCAGGGCAUGAUGUGCCUCUAUCGCAUUGGUCAGCAGCGGCGGCAUCUGGUGCCGCUCGCCUACAACACCCAGGUGGCGCAUCUGGCCAAGGAGUUGUUGCGCAGCGGAUCGACGCAUACGCAAAAGAAUGCAAUGCUCGUCAUCGGACGCUUUGCCACCUGUCACGAGAGCGAGCGCCAAUACGUCUGGAAGCUGGCCUUCUACAUCGAUUCCCAGGAGUCGGGUGUGCGCGCCCAGGCGCUCCAUGCCUUGCUGACGCUGGGCGAACGUGGCGCCCAUUUGCCGCCGGUGCUGUAUAAGCGUGCCGUCGAGGCCAUGAAGGAUGACUACGAGUGUGUGCGCAAGGAGGCGCUCCGGCUGGUGCACAUGCUCGGCAAUCGGCAUCCCGACUACAUCCUGAGUGCGGAGCGUCAGCACGAGGAUAUUCGGAUGAUCGACGCGGCAUUUAGCAAGGUGUGCGAGGCAUUGUGUGAUCUAUCGCUGCAGAUACGUGUCCUGGCUGCCGAUCUGCUGGGCAGCAUGACGGCGGUGAGCAGCGAAUUCCUCAACCAGACGCUCGACAAGAAGCUGAUGAGCAAUCUGCGACGCAAGCGAAACGCCCACGAGCGUGGCGCCCGCCUGGUGACCAGCGGCGAAUGGUCGUCGGGCAAACGCUGGGCAGACGAUGCACCCCAUGAGCAUCUGGAUGCACGCACCAUUUCGUUGAUUGCGAGCGGCGCAUGCGGCGCCUAUAUCCAUGGCCUGGAGGAUGAGUUCCUCGAGGUGCGAACCGCUGCCGUUGGCUCCAUGUGCAAGCUGGCCAUGUCGCGGCCGGAGUUUGCGGUGACCAGUCUCGAUUUUCUUGUCGAUAUGUUCAACGAUGAGAUCGAGGAUGUGCGUCUGAAGGCCAUCUACAGCCUGACGGCGAUUGCCCGGCAUAUUGAGUUGCGUGAGGAUCAGCUGGAGAUAAUGCUCGGCUCCCUCGAGGAUUAUUCGGUGGAUGUGCGCGAGGGUCUCCACUUGAUGCUCGGCGCCUGUCGCGUCUCAACGCAAUCCUGCCUCCUCAUGGUCGUCCAGAAGCUGCUCGAUGUCCUUGCCAAAUAUCCGCAGGAUCGCCAUUCAACAUACGCUUGCAUGCGCAAAAUUGGACAAAAGCAUCCGCAUCUGGUGAUGGCCGUCACCGGCCAUCUGCUCUAUGUGCAUCCGUUCUUCGAGACACCCGAACGGGAUGUCGAGGAUCCGGCCUACCUCUGUGUCCUCAUACUGGUCUUCAAUGCCGCCGAGCAUCAGGUGCCCCUCAUCAGUUUGCUGCCAACGGCAACGCAUCGCCACUAUGCCUAUCUGAGGGACUCGAUGCCGAAACUGGUGCCCCAGCUGCCCAUUGAGGGCGCCUCCUCCACAUCCACAACGAAGCGCAUCGAUGAUGCUCUCCAAGCAGCCGGCAGCUCUGCCGAAUAUCUGCAGAUGAUUCUCAAUCACAUUGACGACAUCUACACAAAAACCGAUGAGCGCGUCGAGCUGCUCAAGACGGCUCAAUUGAAUCUUCAGCGUCUGGGCGCCAUCGACUCGGAUAUGUACGGUCCAUCGAAUUUCUUGGAGACGUUCCUCUCGGCCCAGAUCCAGAUCGAGCAGAUGCAACACUGCGCCCGCACGCAACGUAGUCGAAUACCGUUAAAGGAGUCACUGGCGGAACUGAUACGCAACUGUUUGAAGCUGCAGCACACAUUCUCCGGCCUGAACUAUGGCGACAUACUGCAGGUGAAGCAGCUCCGGCUGCGGGCCAGUGCCCUGCAUCUGGUGCUGGUGGUGCGAGAUAGAUCGCAGAGUGCGCUCGGCCCGUGUCAGAUGCUGUUGCAGACCGCUGGCGACAUCAGCGGCUUUAUGCGCAGCCGUGGACGCAGCAACUCUUUUGGGGAGCAGCAGACGCAUCAGCAACAGCAGCAGCAGCUCCAGCAGCAGCUGCAGCUCAAACAGGAGGAGGGGGAGGAGAUGAAGUCAACAAUGAUGCCGGAACAGGGACUUGCUGAGCCAGAUAACUUUACGCGUACGCUGCUCUCCAAGCUGGACGCUCUAACGGAUCCGAAGCCGGGCCGUGUAUUCCGAGAGAUAUUGCCACUGGUGCAGCAGGCACCGCCAUUGUCGCUGCCGCCGGCCAAUGAGAAAAUCCGUCGGUGCAUGGCCAAUAUAUUGGAGCCGUGUCCGUUGCAGUCGCAGGAUAAUGUGAUCAAGGUGACCGCCGGGCUAAUUGCCGCCGUGCCGUUCGUCGCCGAGAUUGACAAUCUGCUCGAGUCGCAGAAGGCGGACAUGCGCAUCAAGAUCAAGUAUCCGGAUCAGCAUAUGCACACCGUGGUGCCGAAGCAAACCGACUUCAAACCGAUCAUGACCGAGCAGGGGGAGCACGAGACUAACGUCAGAUUGCGCACAACCAUCCUGCUCUCGCACAGCGUCUGGACGGAGGCAUCGCUCGUUGAGAUUCAGCUCUGCCUGGCCGUCAAGCCGGGCAGCGAACUGGAGAUCUGUAAGCCAGCCAAGGUCCUGUUUGCCCCCAAGCCGGUACGCCGGGGUAUUUAGCAAGGCAAACGAUCAAAGAAAUCGGCUCAGCGCCUCCGUUGACAAAGUGUAAAUUAUCAAAAAAUAAAAGGAAAAACAAUUAAACAAAUA